CCUUUGACCAUCAGGGAAGGAUACAGAAGUAUGCCACUACGCUUGAUAUGAUGGAAGAAUUCUAUCAGGUCCGAUUCAAGUUCUAUCAGAUGCGCAAGGUAUGUCGUUUUUCUUUACAUGCUUGAUGGUGAACAUGCUAAUGGGGACUCUAGGAACAUUUGCUUAGUGAGAUGCAAAAGGACCUUGACAAGCUGAGCAAUCAGUCUCGAUUCAUCAAGAUGAUUAUCGACGGUACUCUUGUUGUCUCCAAGAAGAAGAAGUCUAUUCUCGUCGAAGAGUUGACCCGGUCGAAGUUCAAGCGAUUUCCCAAGGUUUCCCAGGCAAAGAAAAUGGGUGAGAUGGAGGACGCGCAGGAGGACGAGAACGAUGUUGACGAGGAGGCUGGCUUGAGCGAUUUCGAUUACUUGCUAGGCGUAAGCACCAUCCGCCCUUGUAUCAAACCAACGCUGACCACUUUUUCUAGAUGGCUAUCUGGUCGCUGACUCAAGAGCGCGUUGACAGAUUGCUGAAGCAGAUCGGAGACAAGGAGGUUGAAAUCGACACAUUGAUAAAGUUGACGCCGAAAGAUCUCUGGAUCGCAGAUCUCG